CAAAGUGUUCAGAUCGUUUAUUGAAACACUCAAAGGAAAAUGAAAAGAAAAAGUGAAAACGUCACUUAUCAUUCAAAUGGUAUGAGUGAUAUUAUAAACGACAUCUUGCAAGAAAUAAAUACCAUGGAAGAAAAUGUCUACAACUACAAUCCUGAUACCGCAUUUGCAGACAGAACUGCGUCACGAUUUUAUACUCGUUAUGAGUAUAUUAAACUUAAACAAACUUAUCAAGACGACAACGCAUCGAUGUUCCUUAAGAAUGUGUUAAUGUUUACAGCAAUGAAGUGUUUGUCAAUUGAGGGAAAUUUCGAGAUCGAUCAAAUCACAACAUUUAUUAAACAUUUAAAAGUCAAUAACGCAAAUAAUAAAUUUCAAGUGAAUCAUUUGAUUUUUGUUGGUGAAACUCCAAACAGUUAUCUGUUGAUAAGCGAACUGAUUAAAGUAAGAAUUUAUAAGUCUUUAACUUUGAUUAAUUACUCAUCAGAGACUCUCGGAAAAAUUCUUUUUAAUUUCGGUAAUAUUAAAACUUUAAUUUUGGAAAAUAUGAAAAGUUUUGAUCGAUUCGAGGAAAAUCAAGAGAUUUCUUUAGAAAAUGUUCAAAUAUCAUUAACAACUGAUAUUAAUUCUUAUAUCAGAGCAUUAGCACAUUCUUGUGUUUCAUUGAAAUUAAUUAAAUAUGAUGAUUGGGAUGGAAAUGAAAACAGCUUAAGAUUUAACAUUAGAAAUAAUGAAUUGAUGUUUAAGAAGCUUCCUAAAAGAAAUCCCGUUGAUCCAAUGUCACCAGACGUAGCGGAGUUUAUUCUGCAGCAUUUAACAUUUGACGAGUUAUUGAACGCUUCAUUAGUGUCCAAUUUAUGGUCUGAAUCUACAGAUAAAUUUAUGGAGAAGAAAGUGAGAUUUAAUCUCAAUGACGACAACUGUAAACUCAAAUUACGAAGGAAUUACUGGAAUUUAUCAAUGAGACUUGAUCAUGAUGAAAGUAGCAUGAAAUGUAUUGAAAAGUGUAAAGUGUCAAAUUAUUUGAGAGAACUUUCAAUUGAAGUUGCGGCGAAUAGUGAAUUUAUUAUAAAGCAAUUAACAUUAUCAGUUUUUAAAAAUUUGAAGCAUUUAUCGACAUUGUCUUUAACAUCACAAGAAAAAUACUUUUUGGACGAUUUAAGUUUGCCACGAUCUCUGAAUUGUUUGCAAUUAACAAAUUUUGAUCUCAUAUCAGUAAAUGUUAAAGACACUCAGUUCAUUUGUUUCUUAUCGGAAGCAAUUUACCUUCAAGAUUUACAAUUCUUUAAUUGUUGUGGAUUGAACAAACUCUUUGUUACUGAAGCUUACCAAAUGUUCAAAUUUAAACUACAAAAUUUACGAAUUCCAACUGAAUCGAAAGAAAAUCGAUUUAAGAAAAUUUCUCAGAAUUUUAAUCAUUUUUUAUCGACUCAAUUGAGUACCUUAGAGAGCCUAAACAUUGAUACCAUUGAUGUGAAAACUGUUUGCAAUUUAGCAUUGCAUUCAAAGUUGAAAUCUUUUGGAUUUAUGUGGAUCGAAGGAUCGAUUGACUGUUUGAAAUGCCCGGAAAAUUCAUUUAAAACAUUAACUGAUCUUCAACUUCCUUUAUUAGAUUUAGAAGUGUUAAAACACUACCUGAAGCUCACAUCUAAUCUCAGAUCUUUGCAUAUAAAAAAGUUGACAGCUGAACUUCUUUUACAUGUAGUAGGCCAUCAACGUAAUUUAACUGAAAUAAGUUAUGCCGAAAACGAUCUUAGAAGGAGAAGAUCAGAAAUGCGAGAACAAGGACUUAAAGGAAAUAAAUUCAGAGGGAUCCAAUUAAUAAAAGUAGAUUUACCAUUUGAUGAAUUUGAUCGAUAUCGCUUCUCUGAUAAUUAUAGAAUUAGAUAA